AUGUCAAACGUGCGAGUGUCUAACGGGAGCCCGAGCCUGGAGCGGAUGGACGCCAGACAGGCGGAGUACCCUAAACCUUCCGCCUGCAGAAACCUCUUCGGCCCUGUGAAUCACGAAGAGUUAACUAGGGACUUGGAGAAGCACUGCAGAGACAUGGAAGAAGCCAGCCAGCGCAAGUGGAAUUUUGAUUUUCAGAAUCACAAGCCCUUGGAGGGAAAAUACGAGUGGCAAGAGAUGGAAAAAGGCAGCUUGCCCGAGUUUUACUACAGACCCCCUCGGCCACCCAAAGGCUCCUGCAAAGUUCCCCCACAGGAGAGCCAGGAUGCUAGCGGGAACCACCCGGCACUGCCUUUAAUGGGGGCUCAGGCAAACUCAGAGGACUCACAUUUGGUAGACCAAAAGACUGAUGCAUCAGACAACCCGUCGGGGUUAGCGGAGCAGUGCACUGGGAUAAGGAAGCGACCUGCAGCCGACGAUUCCUCUACUCAAAACAAAAGAGCCAACAGAACAGAAGAAAAUGUUUCAGAAGGUUCCCCGAAUGCCGGUUCAGUGGAGCAGACACCUAAGAAGCCCGGCCUCAGAAAACGUCAAACGUAA